GCUCAUCACUCCAGUCGAUCACGGUGGUAGCGUGUGGUUGUCGUGUGUUGCUGAAGACUUGGCACUUCUAUCUAUCUCUCUCUCAGUUUUCCCCUCGUUGACUCGAACGCUAUAAAUUGACAUUUACGUUGUGUUUACAUAACAACCGGAAUUUCGCGCCCGUUUUGGAUUAGUCCGCAUGAGCGAUCCUCUUAUACUUGGAUAACUUUGUCACACAUUUCAUUUUUCAUCAGUUUGGACGAUUUUAUUGUCGUUAUUAUGAAUAUCAAUAAAGUAAAUCAAUGAGCCAGCAACCAGUUCAAAUUAGGAGACGGAAUAGGCGGCCGAGAGUGAGGUGAUUAUGUAGUUACCAAGUGUGCGGCCGGUCACGCACAAUAUGUUGGCCAACGAUACGGCAACAGUAGUGGUGAUGACGGCAGGAAGGAUGUCUGCAGCAGCUAUGCCGAUGGCGGCCGUGGUCGAAGCGGAUCACGAUUUUUUAGGAUCGGUGACACACCAAAUCCGGUUAAUUGGCCACCUGGUCAAGUGUGCGGCAAUGAUAUUCAUCAUUGUAGCUGCGUUAUUUGGCAAUCUGUUAGUUAUGGUGAGUGUGAUGCGACAUCGCAAGCUCCGCGUCAUCACCAAUUACUUCGUAGUAUCUCUGGCACUGGCCGACAUGCUCGUCGCUAUAUUCGCCAUGUGCUUCAACGCUAGCGUCGAGGUGACCGGUUCUUGGUUAUUCGGCGUGUUCAUGUGUGACUUUUGGAACUCCAUGGACGUGUAUUUUUCAACUGUGUCGAUACUGCACUUGUGUUGUAUAAGCGUUGACAGAUACUACGCCAUUGUACAGCCACUUGACUAUCCGCUCAUCAUGACAAAGGCCCGUACCGUGGUCAUGCUCACUUUUGUCUGGGUGUCGCCAGUGCUCAUUUCAUUUGUGCCUAUAUUUGCCGGACUGUACACGACAGACGUUCACUGGUCUCAGAAAGACAAGAAUCCAGACGUGUGCGUGUUCACAGUGAACAAGAAAUACGCCGUCGUUUCCUCGGGCGUGUCGUUCUGGGUGCCUGGCGUCAUCAUGCUGUUUACAUACUAUAGGAUUUACCAAGAAGCCGACCGUCAAGAGAGGAUGCUCUACAGGAGUAAAGUAGCUGCUGCCUUGUUGAACAAGCACCUGCAGAUCAACGGAAUAAGUGCCCUCGGAGCGCUUUCCACGUCGGAAGCUGUUAAGGAUGUAGACGUGGAAACGGACCCAGACUCGGGUGCGUUCCGGCCAGCGGCUUCGAGUAACAAAAUGAAACGGGAGAGGAAAGCUGCUCGUACGCUUGGCAUCAUUAUGUCCGCAUUUUUGGCGUGCUGGCUUCCUUUUUUUACAUGGUACAUUAUGGGCUCAUUAUUGGAGGGUGACAAGUGGAUGCCCCGUUGGAUCACUGUCUUAGUGUUUUGGGUGGGUUAUUUCAAUUCAGCGUUAAAUCCACUGAUCUACGCGUAUUUCAACAGAGAAUUCCGCGUAGCGUUCCAAAAAACAUUGCAAAGCUGCUGGCCCCGAUCGCCACCCUGGUGCCCCCCGUGCUUGCGACGUCGUUACGACCAGACCCGCAUUGACACAACAACUCCUACUACCUUCGGUCAACAUGUGUGCUACAGUAAUGUAUCCGAAAUACAAUACAUGAAUCCGACUAUCAUUGGAAUGAUGGAAAUCGACAACGGUCAAAUAGAUCAGAAUGUCUUAUAAGUUAUAAUUAUAAUAGUAAAUUGUAAAAUAUAUUUAUAUGUAUUCAGGGUAAAUAAGAUAAUAAUCAUAUAAUUUUAUUCCGACGUGAUUAGGUAACAAUAUUAAGGAAGUUUAUCCAUAUUUACGCAUAUUAAAAAUUGAAUUAACAUUAAAUCAAAUAAAUCGAUUGGUUAAGCUCUUUAUUUCACAAAUUACGAAUAUAUCAAUUUUUUAUCAAAAAAAAAUUUUUUUUUUAUUUUAAAUAAGAUUAAAACUGAAUUCUGUUUUUAUUGCUGUCCAAGUUGUUUCACUAAAAAUAUAAAGCUGAAAGUUACACAGAGUGUUCAGUAAAUAAGGAAACAGGUAAAAUGUUAAAAACAAUGAGAACAAUAGAAACCCGUUUUCUUACUUACUGAACACUUUAUAUAUAAUUUACAUCUUUCAAAUUUCACUUCGAUUAUAUUUAAAAAUAUUCACGAGUACAGUAACGUACCUAGUGGGCUAAGAAGACGUUAGUCCUUCCUACUUGAAACGUUAUGAAUAAAAUAUAAACUAAGUGAAUCUACAAUAUGCUAUGCACAAUGCUAAUAAAAUAAACAUAGCCCGAUUUCCUCCAUCCUAUUUAAAAAUCCUUGGUACGCAAAUAUAGGAGUAUCUCAGUUGACGGUUAAAUUUUAGUUAGUUAAAAAGUAAGACUAUAAGCACUCAGCUAUAUAUGUAGAAAACAUAUAAAAAGAUUGUAAUAGUUUUAUAUGAAUAGUUUUAUUAUUAAGUGUUUUAUAAGGUGUUCAGUAAGUAAAGAAACGGAUUUUUAUUGUUCUCAUUGUAAUAACUGGCCCGUUUCCUUACUUACUGAACAUUAUGUAUAAAUAUUGACUUAAAUACUAGUAUAAUCGCAACACCAAAAAUGAACAACUACUGACAAAGAACUGUAAUAGAUGUCUUCAAGAUUUAGCGUAGGUAUUGAUAUAGCUUAUAAUUUCUCCAACCACCACGUACAUAUUUCUAUUGUUCUCGUUUGUAAAAAUUGAUCUGUUUCCUUAUUUUUUUAACACUCUGUAUAAUAAAUGAAGCCUAUUUCUCAUAAGCCACAACUUUUAAUUUGAGAUGUUUGAUUUAUAACAUGAUCAGGUAAUAUAUUAUUUACACUACAAGAAAAAUAAAAAUAAUAAUGAUGCACAUACACGAGCUAAUGUUAAAGUACAAAAUUAAUUUUAAUUAAUUAAUUGAAUUUAUUUAAUUAAAUGUACAAAAGCAUCAAUUUAUUUUAUAAUGCUAUGUAUUGUAAGAGGUAACGAAGUCUAUAAUAAAUUUUAAUUAUAGCAAUAAUUUAUAGUAGAGUUAGAUCAACUAUAGCAAUGAUUUUAUAAAAAUGAUUAGUAUUAAUUAUACUAAUUCUAUGCUUACCAAUAAACUCGAUAAUAUUAAGAUUUUUUUAUAAAUUUAUAAGUACAACAUUAGUCUUUUAAUUUUAAUGAGCAUUGUUCCUAAAAUUUUGAUCUAAGUCAUUGUAAAUUGUUAAAUUGUAAAUAUAUUUAUAUAAUAUUUUUAGAACCCUUUAUAAAUUACCGUCCAAGUGCACAUUAAAUAUAUACUAAUUGUUUUUUAUUGUAAAUAAAGGAAAAGCUUGUAUACCAACUAAACUUACACAUGAUAUAAUUUUAAUACCAGAGAUGGUAUUUGAGGUGUAUUUGUCCUACCGUAUUAGAAAAAAUUUCGACCUACAUCGUUACGUUUAUCGGCCUAAAUAAUUUUUUCAAGAACUUUUUUUUCUCAUAAAUUCAGUUAUUUGAGACUAAUUUAAUCAUUUAGAACAUUAGGAUGUUCUAAUGUUAUAAACCCGUACUUUUUUUAAUUAUAAAAAGUAAGCUCCUUGAUCAAUAUGCUUAAAUUUUUCUAGCCCUUCUAAACAUUUUACCAAUUAACUAUCUAUGGAUUCAUGUUAAAUAUUCGUAUUUAACUGUUUAAUGUACAAUUUAAUAAAAUAAUUGUGGUCGCGGCACCUUCUUAAUACUCGGGCGCUUUUUGGUCGUAGGCACAAUGUUUUCGAAAUACUGUGCUGUAGUACAGUAGCCAAUGGGCUAGUACGCCCUUGAUUGCAAUUGUUUAUCAAUAAAACUAUUACUCACCUAAGUUUUAACUGAGUACCUAAUAAUUGUAUCUUAUUUAUACGAACAGAUAUAUUUAAAGUUAUAAAUAAUUGUAACAUACAUGUAAAAAAUAAUAAUUAAAAAUCUAUAAGUGUUUAAUUUAUUUUCAAAAUAUAUUGUGUUUGUGUGCUAUAUUUUCCGAUUGUAUUCCUGUAAUUCAACUAAUGUUGAAUAUAUAUAGUUUAAAAAAUGUUUGUUAAUAUUUAAUAAGUUGAUUUCUUUUAACUUGUCGUUAA